GGUAACCACUGCAAACCAUAUAGAUUCCUAAUAAAAAUGACUACGGCUCAUAGACCUCAAUUUGACCCUGCUCGGGGUUCCUCAGAGAUGGCGCCCACGAGGAUUACCGCUAGUCGUGCAUUACCAGCCCAUCUGAAGCUCAAAUACAGAAAAUCCAAUCAAGGCACACAAGAAGAGCUAUCCAGGAAGGAUUUUCGAGAGCAAUUGCUACGCUCCGAAGCCGCCCAUUUUGCGAAUCGUGAGCACGGGGCUGCUGUCGACAAACAUGCCGAGGCACCUGCUGCGAUUGAGGCGAAUCCGGAGACAAAACCAAACGAAUCUCAAGAAAAAGUGGAUUAUGAAGAGCUAUUGAGGAAAACCUUUGAGGAAGACGCUGAUUCUAGUGAAAGUGAAAGUGAUUCCGAGGAGGAAGAAGUUACAGAAGGAGAAACAAACUUGCCUGCUGAAAAACGAUUAAAAAAAUCCGAAGAAGAGCGGUCUGAUUCAGAUUCUAACUCUAGUUCUGAGGACGAUGAUGAUGAGGAAGAUGAGACAGCGCAACUUCUCCGAGAACUCGAAAACAUCAAACAAGAGAGACAAAAAGAAAAAGAAAAACAAGAAUUAGAAGCACAAAGAGAGGAAGAAGAGAAACGUGAAAAGGAAAUCGCUUAUGGUAAUAUUCUAUUAAACCAGUCAUCUACGGGUUCUUUUCAAGUUAAACGCCGUUGGGAUGAAGAUGUUGUGUUUAAAAAUACACAUAAAGGCAUUGACGAUCAACCUAAGCAAGGCUUUAUUAAUGAUAUGUUGCGAAGUGAUUUUCAUAAAAAGUUCCUUGCUAGAUUUGUUCAGUGAAUCCUUUUCUGUCACGAUAUUAUCCGGCUUUUUUAUGAUUUAUAUUUCAUACCAACUGUACAAUAGAAAUAAAGGUUAUGGUUUUAAUUAAGCAAAAUAAACAUAUACGAUGGUCGAUGCCCUCUAUAUGUACUUUGUAAUUUAUUGAGCGUAAAUAACCCAGUAGUUAAG